UGGGGCUCCUAUUGGCUAAGUGGCUUUCAACUUGCUUCCUGUCAUUUCCUUUAAAUCUUCAUCCAGUCCAGUGUCGCUUCUCCUAAAGAGCGUUUCUUCUGGCCUUCUUUUUUUUUAAUUGGAGAAAGGAGGGGGGAGGGGGUGGUGGUGUUGGUGGCAGUUGCUGAUAUUCCUGAUCCAAAACUGGAGAAGUUUGCUGAGCUUAUCAAGAGCAGAGAAGUGCUGCCACAGGCUACUGCACUGUUACUUUAAUACAAGAUAAACUUUUUUUUCCCCAGGAUCUUAGUUUGGCCUUUGUUGUGUAGGAGAAAGCUCUGUGUAAGGGGGGGGUCAGGGGUGGGAAAGGUGGACAAAACUCCAUAUCUGCCAUGAAACAGACACGGGAAAGUGGUUUUGAAGCUCGCUACCAAGGUUUCAGGAAUGGGGCAACAAAAGCGCCCAGUCGUGGUUCCAAGGAAGUUUCAGGGGCCACAGGCCUCUCCAGUCAAGUCCAGAGCACCUCUUCGUCGGAGCAUCAGGAAAAGAAGCCCUUCCCUACUGGCAGUCAGCUUUCUGGGGGAGGCCAGAAUCCUUUGCUCUUAACCCCGGCCAGUCUGCAGCUUGCGCAGCUCCAGGCCCAACUCACUCUGCACAGGCUGAAGCUGGCCCAGACAGCCGUGAGCAGCAACACGGCAGCAGCUGCCACCGUUCUGAACCAGGUUCUUUCCAAAGUGGCGAUGUCUCAGCCCUUCUUUAACCAGUUGACUUCGCCCAUGGUCAGCACUCCUCAGAGUCACGCUGGUGGGGCCCAUCUGGGCUCAGGGAUGUUGGCCUCCAGGUUUCCCUCCAGUGGGCUGCCCUUUCCUCCACAGAACACUGCUCUGGGGCCCCUGGUUGGGGGAGAUCUGGGCUGUGGAGGAGCUCUCCAGAACCAAAAUCACACCGCCAUUGGACUGAAUCCCUAUACUGGUGGCGUGUCUCAAACACCCAACCAGCUUACUUCAGAAUAUGGAAAUAAAAUCAACCUGUCAGCCCAUACAGUGUACCCCUCAGACACUGACAGGCGCAGCCAGUAUAGCAUCUUAAGUGGGGGUCCCAACAUAUCAGACAAAGGAGGAAAUGGGUUUUUACCGCUUUCCAGUGCCCAGUCAAAGAUGGGAAACCAAAGUGGGUUUCAGAGGGACUUUUAUGGAUCAAGCCCUCAGGGACCAGAGGGACAACAGGGAAAACAGUUUUGUUUUGCAGGAGAGCCGAAUCCAAGUGCCUUUCCACCAGUCAACCACAAAGAACAGUGGCAACAACAGGGUGCCAUGUCUAAGAUGGAGGGGGCCCCUACCCAAGGGGUCACGUGGGCCACAUCGAGCCAACCUUUCCACGUAAGGGGUGAGCUAUACAACCCAGAAGAGCCAACCACAGACUCCAAAUACUGCUCUGGCGCUGGGCCACCUUUCAGCGGUAGUACCCAGGGGUUUGUAGGAUACCAGCAAGUUCAGCCAAGAGAGCAAACACUCAGGGGUGGUCCUGUGCCCCUCCAGCCACACCAGCUCAAUGACUUCCACGCAGUGACUCCAGUGCACAUGCCACACCAUUGCACCAUCUGUGACAAGAAGGUCUUUAAUCUGAAGGACUGGGACCAGCAUGUCAAGGGGGAGUUACAUCUGCAGAACCGUGCUCUUUUCUCAGAAUGUCCUGCCAUUGGACCUGCUCAUUUUCCAAAGGUUCCGGACGUAUGUCUAAACUCCUCAACAAACACCACCAUGACUUUUUCAUCUGCUUCAAACCAAGUGGAUUUCCCUCUGAGGAAGUCUGGCCCUGGCCGAGUCGUUCAUAUCUGUAAUAUACCAGAAGGGAGCUGUACGGAAAAUGAUGUCAUCAACCUAGGCCUUCCGUUUGGGAAGGUCACCAACUACAUUCUCAUGCGGUCUACUCACCAGGCCUUUUUGGAAAUGGCUUACGUUGAAGCAGCCCAAGCCAUGGUGCAGUACUAUCAAGAGAACCCGGCCACGAUUAAUGAUGAAAAGCUGCUCAUCAGGAUGUCAAAGCGUUACAAGGAGCUACAGCUCAAGAAACCUGGGAAGGAUGUAGAGUCAAUUAUUCAGGAUAUUCAUUCACAAAGAGAGAGAGAUGGCAUGCAGGAUGUUGAGUGUUAUCCCCUAGAGAGGCCAAGGUCCCGCAGCCCCAUCAGCCGGUCCCUGAGCCCCCGCUCCCACAGUCCCAGUUUCACUUCCUGUAGCUCCACACACAGCCCCCUGGGUACCAGCCGAGCAGAGUGGAGCAAUGGCCUGAGUGAAAGGAGAGCCUCCUGGGACUGGUCCCCUCAUGUGCGCCGGGAGGAGGAGAGGGAGGAGGGCUUCUGGCGGAACGAGGAUGAGGACAGGUCAGACAGCUGGCUGCAGGAGAGGAGGAAGCCCUACCUGAAGCUGACAGACAGGGCGAGCCCCAGGUCUCUUGAGGAGAGGGGAGAGCCCACCAGGACCACCAGGGAGAGGUAUCCAAGAAGCAGCCCACAAAACACAUCCUACUCCUCGUACCGAUGCAAAGAGGAUGACUUCUACAAGAGAGAGCCCAGGCAUAAAUCUGACAGGCCUCCCAGACCCCCACACCAGCGCCACGAAGCAAAGUUGAAGAAGAGGGAUCCCGAAGAGGGCUACAGGCCGAAAUACUCGCACAGCGAAGCAACUGAGGAUGCUAUAGCCGCCAAGUCAACGGAGGACAGGAGACAGACAAGCACGGAUAAGGGGCAGAGUAAAAGGCUGCACAAGAAGAUGGCAACAGAGAAGGAAGAACAAGUAUCAGAUACCCAGGGACAGCAGAAGUACAAGGAUCAGUCAGUAUCUCCUAACCCAAAAAGUGAGGAAAUGAAGGGAUCUGAUCAUGAAAGAAGCAAAGAAACUCAGCCAGAGGAGUCUGAGAGCGGGAAUGAGACAGAGGGAGAGUCUUGGUACCCACAGGCUAUGGAAGAGCUGGUCACAGUGGAUGAGGUGGGGGAAGCAGAGGACUGCAUCAUUGAACCUGACCUCCUAGAGCUGCAGGAGGCUGAAGAGGCACAGGCUGAAGAGAAGGCAGAGAAGGUCUCCACAACCAUAGACACUAGAGACACUGGAGAGCCAGCAGAGGAGGGUGGCCAAAGUGGCAGUGACACAGGCCACACAGCACAGGACAGCAGGGUAGAGGUCAGACCAGAGGAACACACUGAGCACAGAUCUCCCUGUAGGGAGAUCUCCAACACAAGCCCUCAAGAUCCCACCCUUACCUCUGACCCUGAAUGUCAGAUAUCGAUGGAGCUUCACUCCGAACUCGGGGAUUUUCCGAGCAGGGAAUUCCAGGCGGCUUUCAAGGAGGCGUGUUCCUGCACAGACUCGGAAAGAAGGGAGGCUGAUCUGCCAGCAGCAGAGGAGAGGUCUCUCAGUCCUGAGGAUCUCGAUGAAGGCAACAACCCUUUAGAUGUUCUUAGUAGCUGUAAAAAGGGGGAAAGGGUGACGCCGAUUGCAAAAGCUGCCACUGAAGAGACUGGAAGUGAGGAUGAACAGUAUGUGGAAGCACAAAAAAAAGAUGUUGCUAUUAAGACUCAGAGCCAGUCUCCCAGACACCCAGAGGUAGAACCUAAAAAUGUUCCAUCACCACCACAAUGGGAUCAAGAGAACAUUUUUGGUGAACACAGCAUCCCUUUAGGGGUAGAGUUUGUCGUGCCACGGAGUGGGUUUUAUUGCAAGCUGUGUGGCCUCUUCUACACCAGUGAGGAGACGGCGAAGAUCACCCAUUGCAGGAGCACAGUGCACUACAGGAACCUCCAGAAGUAUCUGUCACAGUUGGCGGAAGACAGCUUAAGAAGCUCCCAGAAGAACACAGCCAGCACGGAGGAGGCUGGGAUUGUCCCGCAGUGCAAGGAGCUGAAUAAACCCUGUUGAUGAUAGGUUGAGCUGUGAAUUGAUUACUGGAAGGCUUAAAAGCAGAUGGAUGUAAUCCUUCAAAAAAUGAAGAGCUGAUCCGACCUUCCGGAAUUAGACAGGCAGUGGAAAUCUUGUAAAGAGUCGGGAUAACGGACAGUGUAUCCUCAUUAAUGUGAAGUAGUAUAUUAUGGACUCUAAAAAACAGCAAACAUCCCAUGCAAAAGUACUAUAAAUGCCUGUGGGAAGACUGAACUGAUUCUUUAUCUGAGUGCUGACUUUAUUGAAAUGUAGUCGUUUAUGGCACUGGGAAGUGGUCUGACAAACUAAAGAAUGCAGGAACACAUCUCAUCAACAUCCACAUCAACUCAGGGUUUUAGUAACACUGUAGAUUUUAUAGAAGGUAUUGCGAUGUGGUCAGUCCUACGCCAGAGUGUUCUUUUGUACAUGCUGUGACGCUCAAGAUGCUAUGUACGAAGCUGCAGAACUAAGACCACAAAUAAUUCCAUUUUUAUUAUUCAUUUUCAGGAUCUUAUAUUAUCAUACAAACCACAUUCUACUUGUUUUUACAGUUUUUUACAGUAAGGGCUUGUAUCUGUACUUUAUGUGUGAAGUAAAAAGCAAUGUCCUGUGGAGUUAACACAAAAUGCACUUUAUGUCACAUUGGUAUAGUCAUAGUCCAAGUCAUUUGCUAUUCAUAUGUUGCUUAUCCUCAUUUUUAGGAACCUCUUUAGUCUUUGUUCUGCAGUUUCCGUUUAAUCUGGCAAAUUGAUUGUGUCAUUUUUUAUUUUUUAACAGUCAUCCUCAAUUAUUUUAAAACAUUUGAUUCUAUUAAAGAAGUUAGAGUAAAAGAAAUUUACUCUUAUUGCCUACAGCACAAUACAUACAAUUAGAUAUUAAAUAUGUAAAUAAUACAGACUUUAAAAAAUAGAUUUUCAUAAUUAACUUAACUUUGAUUGUUUUUCUUUGAUUUUUAGUGUUGUUCUCUUCUACUUUUCACCCUGGCAUUUGCUGCAAAAGUUUAAAAUGACAAAGAUGAAUGUCAGAACAGGAAUAAUUAUAUGAUUAUAGACAAUGUCAAUUUCCACAAAAUCACUCUGCCAAACUAACCUAUUGUCCCUUAGGAAUUGAUUGAAGGUCAUCAAAUACAGUUUAACUCUUCAUUUCUGAAGUGUUUUCGGAAUGGUUGGAUAUCUCAGGUUCAUCACAGUAAUAACUGACUAUUGUACUAUAUUCAGUGGCAAAAUUAAAAUUCUCAGCCACGCAGACCCUCUGAUAUUAAUAAGAAAAUUGAGAACUUGUGAAUUAGAAAAUAAGGAAGGGAAUAGUGAAGUGAAUCGAAAGAAAGAGUCAUGAGAUGUUAAAUCAAAUGUGAUACAUUCAGUACGACAGGAACAAAGUCUUAUUUGAUAGCUAGAUACAAGUAACCUAGAUGAAUCCCAAGAAACACUUUUGUCCCAAAGGACAAACUUAUGAUUUAUGAUCAUUUAAGAUAAUGAGCACUUUAUUUACUUAAUUGUCCUUGGCAUCUGAGACAAUAGGUUUAAAAUAUGCUCAUCACAAAGUUUUUCUUGUAGCUGUUAAUUCAGGCACCCUUUUAUAAUUGACGCCUGGGCUUUCAACCAUUACCUUAUGAAUGCAUUAAAAAAAAAGACAACUGUCAAAAGACUAAGCUAAGAGCUCAGUUUGCCAUUGAUUAUACCUGAUUUAACUCCUUCCCGUGCAGGACAGUUUGUCCCACAAGUAGUAAGGGCACAUUUCUAAUAGUAUUUGCCACUGCUAAUUUAAACAUGCUUUUUUCAGAAAGGAAGGCUGUCUCUUAGUGUUGAAAAAUCAAGACUAAUGCACCAAAAAACAAACUGACAGAAUGGAAUAUUGUUGAGGAGGAAGAUGUACAACAAAAUUACCAAAUGGUCUGCCGUGGGGGAAAUAUUCCUUGAGCAGGGUAGACACUAUAAGCAUCCACAUACGACAAAUUGGCUUCUAAGAAAUCUCACAGCUGGCAUGAACAUAAGUCACAAAAGUCAGUCCAACAUGAAUGCCAUGUUCAUGUAACCUGUCAGUGUAUCCCUGAACAGUAACUUGCUGUGUAGAUAGAUUCCUAAGUUGCUGUGCAGUGUUCUGGCCAUUGCAGCUGCUGUCUGAAGGUGAUUAAGGAGAAGCAUGAGCCUGUUCUUGUCUUGCACACUUGCACACACUCACGCCAGGGACAAUUUUUCUAGAAGCCAAUUAACCUACCAGUAUGUCUGCAAACUGGGAGGAAACCAGAGCACCUGGAGGAAACCAACACGAACACUGGAAGAACGUAUAAACUCCACACAGAUAGCACCCCAGGUGUGGAACUGAAACCAGGGCCCCAGUGCUCGCAGCUAGGCUAACCACUGUGCUACCACUGUGCUGCCAUGUUCCCCCUCUAUAGCCUUCCCUACCAUUGAUAUCACGAUUUUCAUGUACCAUCUGAGAAGUGCACUCAUAUUGUUUCUGAAGGAGUUUGUCACGAGUCAUUUCAUUCAUCAUUGGAUUAUCAUGGUAUCACUGUGUAUGAGAUGGACUCUUUCUUUUUAUUAAAGUGAACUUGCCUGAUGUGCCUUUUUAAAUACUGCAGUUACUGCACAUUUCCACAAAGGAAAUAUGUACAUGAAAUUAUUCUACACUUCAAGGAUUUUGUGAUAUGUCAAUAUGCUGUCCCUUUUUACCAGUUAUUUAUGUGCAAGAUGUUUUGUGUGCAAACCAAAAACUAACGAUAAAUUUGCCUAAAAAAUGUUAUGCAGUUUCUAUAUCUUGGCAGUAUAGAACUACUUAGACUGCCUAUCAAAGAUUUUUUUCUAGAAACACUUAUAUAACUGCGAUACGUAUUUAAUUGAAAACGGGUAUAAAUUUGCCUUUGCAUGAACUUUAAUUUACCCUUAAAAGUUUUGAUAAAGUGAUUUGAAAACUUACAAGCAAUGGCAAAUACAUUAGGCCAGUCCAUUAGAUUGCUCAGGAUUUCAGGUAAAACUGCAAAUUGUUUUAAAAUUGGUCAAGCAUUUGCAAUUUUAAAUUUGCUACUUUGAACCAGUAAUUCAUUUUAAAAAGGUAAGUUUGGAAAUAAUUAACACCUUGUUUCCAAUCUUUUUCUUUAAUGUCUAGCUCAGAAUUCCUAAGGUUGUAAAUACCCAUUUCAAACACUACAAUGGGGUUUUAGACAUGUAGUUGUUUUUUGCAACCAUUAUUGUAAAUUUCGAACUCAAUAGAGGCACGUACAGUAUGUGGCUUAACUUCUGCUUGCAUAUUUUUUAUAAACAAAGGUACUGACAAAUACAAAGUGAGACAUUCAGGGAAUAAUUAAAGAGAAAAAAAUGAAGCAAUGCCAUUACUGGUGAAAUACUUGAACUGGACCAUUUGUGUUAUUAUUUAUUAUGGGGUUUAAAAACUACGUGGGUUUUGUUGGGGGAGGGAGUAAUUGGAUUUUGUUUUCUGUUUUCUGUACUGUGAAUUCUGUGACACCCAGAAAUAUUGGUGAAUUUUAUGUUUUCUUUAGCUUUCAAAUUUAAAUUAAUUUAGAGAUGGUCUCAAUAAAUGUU